GAACUGGUGUGCGUUUGUCCUCACAAAGACAGUGAGCUGUGUGGUGGAGGAUGGAGUAGAAACCUACGUCAAGCCGGAUUACCAUCCAUGCAACUGGGGCAGUGGACAGUGCAGCCGGGUCGUGGUCUACCGGACCUACAUGAGGCCGCGCUAUAAAGUGGCCUACAAAACCGUCACAGAGAUGGAUUGGAAGUGUUGCCACGGUUACAGUGGACAGGACUGCACCAUUGGCCCAGCCGGUGGAGCAGGAGCCCAUGUGUCCAAUGGAGCGGGGACAGGAAGCAGUUUGGGACCCGGACAGAAUGGAGGUCGACAGGACCGCCAGGAAAUAAGGGAGUUGGAGGAAAAGAUCCGGAGGUUGACGGUGAAGCUGCAGGACUUCCAGUCCACCAUGGAUGAACGCUUCCAGCAGGAGCCUUCAAAGCCAGGGAAACACCCGGCAGACGCAGCUCCGCCGGAGAUGAAAGAGACGAUCCACAGCAUUCAGACCAAACUGGACCAACUGGACAACCGCACCAAGGUGACUCUGAUUCCUGCGGGGUCCCACUGCACGGCAGAGGAGAAUUUGUUUAAAUUAAAUACUUUGACAGAAUCCCCACCUGGAAGGACAUCGUUCCAACAGGUUGAUGCUGGUGCUUCUUGCCCUUUGGGUCUUUGUCAGCUACUGUUGCUUCUGGCUGGACCUUAGUGGCCUCGCCAUGUC